AUGCAACUUACCUCCAUCCUCCCUGUCUUGCUCUCUACUCUGAGCCUGGCCACCGCCGCUACCCAAGGUGCCGUUCCCGUCUUCAGAUCCAACAAUCUCGACAUCGGCAGCUCUCCCGGUGGCGUCGCUUGGCGAUUCAAUGUCACUGCCCUUCGAACCUCCUACAACGCCACCCCGUGCGCCAAUCCAAAUAUCGUCGCGCAGCUCACCCCAUUGGGAAACCCCAAUUUCAACCUCACGGUGCAGCAACACUGGGUCAAAUAUGUGGAUUCUGCCCGCCAGGACUUUUGGCAAGAAGGCACAGCCAAGGUCAACGAGUCUAGUACAAGCUUCAAUAUCGUCCCUGACACCUUCUACGGAGUGGCGUAA